AGUUUGUCUGUGCUUCCUCAUUGGCUGAACGGGAUGGGCACGCAGAUUCGGACAACGCUAGAUCCGAACUUCCAAGAAGAGCUGGACCAGUCUCCACUAGCGCCUGAUGAUAUCAGCAGGGCCGUAGCGAUGUUUGUGGAGGAACGGGUUUUCACGUUACAGCAGCUCGGCCGACUGCCAGAGAAGGAGUUCGAGGGGCUCAUGAACGAGCAACAGCCGAGACUACAAAGGGGAAUCAAAGUGAUCCUGAAAGACCUUUGGUUGAGCUGGCAUAAAUGGGCCGAGCAGAAGCUGAAGGAAGAGGAGCUUGCACAGAAAGAGCGCAUAAGGGAGGAGGAAAAGUUGAAGAGGCUGAAAGAGAAGGAGGAGAUGAAGUUACAAGCAGCUGAUAUGAAGAGAAGAAUGCAGGAAGAGGCACGUCAACAGAAGCAGCUGGAGAGAGAGCGGCUCAGAGAGCAGGAGCGGCUGGCAAGGGAGAAGGCCAGGGUAGAGGAAAAGUUGGCACGGCAAGCUGCUAAGGAGAAAGCAAAGGAAGAGGAAAGACUGAGGAAGGAAGAGGAGAAAAAUCGGAAGCAAAAAGAGAGGGCGAGUUCUGUGAAGGGCCAAGGAAGGAAUGCUUCGGUUGCCUCAUCGGGAGGGGGCCGGCGGCAGAGCUUCAUCUCUUCGUUUCUCAUCGUCGCUGAUGGAGACGUGGCCUCUUCUGGGAAGGACUCGGGCCCGACUGCGAAGAUUGAGGAGGUUGUCGGGUGUGCUGAACCAAGCUUGGAGGGCUGGAAAGGUUAUUGGAGAAAAGCGAGGAGAAAAUUCAACGGGAUGGAGUGGGAGAAAUGGCAUUCUCGUCGCUUUGUAUCGGCGAGGAAGAGUGGUGGCGAAGGAUCGCAGACUGCUAUUGAGGAGGCGAAUGAUUUGCGACUUGCCCACGAGCGUUACUCAGGCGCGGGCAAAUCGGCGGAGUCGAGGGAGCGGUAUGGCGGGAGAAGGAAACCUCGGUGUGUGCUUGUGGACCUGGACGAACGGGAAAGGCCGCCUGUGCAGCUGAUUAUGAGCUGCGAGUCUAAGGCUGUAUCAGGGCGCCAUCCAUUUGGGAAAGACGCUGCUAUUGAUUAUGAGAUGGAUAGCGACGCUGAGUGGGCAGAGCUGGCUGAAGGGGAGGACUUGGGAGAGGAUGAUGACGUUAGUGAAGACGAGGAGACGGCGAGUGACGCUGAUUCGUGUGUGGUUUCUGAUGGGAAACUGAGUGCUGAUGAGAUGUCGGAGGACGAGGAGUGUGCUGCGGCAGAGAGGGAAUUAAUAAAAAAGAAAACAAAAAAGCGUCGGUCCGCGGACGUCUUGGCGACGGUUUGCAUAUCCCUCGGGGAAAUUGAUGGCUUAGAGUGGCCUCCUCCUGGUGGUGCUUCUGCUGUCCUUACGUCACUCCGCGAGACGGUAAUUAGCGACUUUACAGUUGACACGCUUGAUCAAAGUUUGCUGGACGCCCCCGGGGAAGACGAUCCAAAGCCAACUGCCCAGUCAGCAGCGUCGAGCCAGCGAGGACCUCAGCAGGGUGGAGGUGUUUCGGGAGAAGGGCCGAUGAGAUCCCCGUCGGGCAGCGAUACUGGACGACCUAGUGACUCCGAUGCAAACGGCGGAGCGAAGUCUCACCAGCAGCGAAAAAAGGUCUGGACUGACGUCAAGCUGAGGCGAAAGUUGGCCAAAUUUGUGCACGCAAGCGCAAUGUCGUUGGGGAAGCUGAAGCAAGGCUUUGAGGAGCAACACCCACAGUGCGCUGGCUGUGGUACGGCAGCGCAGAUCAAACGAGUCGCCAAGUAUGAACGACGCGGCGCGAACUCUUGCAUGGCUUGGUGGAUAACCGAGGAGGCGAUUAAAGAACUGAAACUUCAACCGAAGACUAUGGAGAAUCUGGCUGAGAAAAGGAGUUGGUCACUGACUCGGAAUGGGCCUGGGACUCGAAAGCGCCGUUUGAAGCCGGAGCAACCGCCUCCUCCGACCAACCGAGAGACAGCUAAUUCGAGGAGUGGUGAAGGGGACGAUGAAUCUGCAGGAGCCGGUGGGAGUGGAAGUGAUGGUGAUGGCUGUGGAGGAGUUUCUGAUGGGAAUAAGCAAGAUGCUAAGCGAAUGCGACGAAUCACUGACUACUUCCCGGUGCAGCCUCCUCCUGUUGUUGUAAAGGAGACCUCAGAGGAGGCUGUGCCGAAUUGUCCAGUUCAGGAUAAUAUUGCUACUGCUACUACUACGCCUCCCGUGGAAGGGCCUCAGCUGUCGACAGUAGAAGCUGAGCCACUGUGAUGCUGUAAUUGAUUCGGAGCGUCUGCUCAAGAGAGUGUAUGAACUCGCUUGAGGAGAUGCUCGCCCGUACGUUAUGACUAGUGCUAUGCUAAUUGUACCUAUUUCUAACGUAGGAAA